AUGAAUGGGAAAAUGUUUUAUUUUGCUACUGUUUUAGCUUUUUCCGAGUUGCUUAAGGAAGUUUUGUUGGUAAUCAGAAAUCUAACUGCGAAGAUUAAAGAAAUAAUUAAUGAACAAUUGGAGAUUAUAUGUUUGAACAUCCAGGAAAAAAAGAUUAAAAUUAAAAAUCAAAAAACAUCACAGCUCUGCUCAGGAGGAGUGUCACCUUUCAACUUUAAUAUCGUCUUAUUAAAACAAAAACUAGGAAAUUCAUUUGUUAUUAGAAUUGAAAUUGAAGAAGACUAA